CCCUAGAGACGGCGACGCCGGAAGCGUCCCCGGCAACCCAACACAGCCCUUGUCUCUCGUCCACUCGCUUGCUCUGCCGUUUUCUCAACGCUUUGCCAGCUUGAGCUCUUACGGGAGACUGUCCGCUGUCGUCCAAUUUACCUGGUUACUCGGCCCGUUUCAUCGCGUUCGGGCAGUCCAUCCGUGCUAUUGAGCGCGUGGGCUGCAGGAGAAGCGCUUCAGGCCGGUCACAACCCGUGACUCCCUCCCCGUUGGCACGCCCCGACUUGACAGCCUUCAUCUUAUCCCAUCCAUGGUUUGCUUCACAGCACGGUUUCCGGUUGAUACCGCUCCCUCCUCUUACGAACCAGCCAGUGACCGCCCUCCCCGGCCACAGGCCCCAGCAACCAGCAGCGAAACUCUGACUCCGUACCGGGAACGCCGCGGCCAUGGAUGCGAUGGACGCCGUGUUGCGCAACUUCAAGAUGAUCCCCUGCCCGGCAGGGGACAGCUGCACAAAGCCGAAUUGUCAGUGGAGGCACAGCUGGGACACAAACCCGCCAGCAACUCAGCCGGGCGACGUGAGCCAGGACCAAGACGGGCCACGAAAACGUCGGAAGGUCUCGUCUGAACCUGUCUCUGCUCCAGAACCGCCCGCCACCAGUGCGCCAGCGCCUUUGUCGGCGAAACGGCCUGUUUCACCGCCGCCGUUGAAGCGGAAGCUGCCAGGACCUACGGCUGGAACUGCGUCAGCCGCACCUCCAGCCAAGCUAGCGAAGCCAGCAUCAAGCUCGGUCGCAUCAUCCACGCCAUCCGGCAAGUCGAGCGCAAGUGCCACGCCUAAGAAGGACGCACCCGGUCGGCAGGCCACGCCGCAGAAGGGGACACCGACACUGACCCCCAGGAAGCCUGAAACUCUGAAUCCUCGCCAUCUGAAGUCAGCAGCACCAGCCGCUCACGAAUUUCGCUAUAAAGCGCUCAAACUUCUCCACGAGCAGUUCCAGCGACUUAACAAUGAGCUGAGCAAAGAUGCCAAGCCAGACGAGGAAGAGCUGCUUCUAUCCCCCCAGGAACUUAUUUGGCUGGCACUGGACGAGGAACAACGCAUCGCAACAGACAAACCGGCCAUUUAUCAGAACGUGAUCAAGAAUCGCAUCAUGGCAUACAAGCGGAUGACACCAGGCCAGUGGAGGGACGAGCGAGCUGCCGAGCGCAAGAAGAAGGAAGCCGCGAAGACCCAGGCGGGCAAUUCACCAGCGAAGCCGGUCCUGGGUCCUCCUAAGGAGAUUCACACCGGUCUUACUCCGCAACAGGAGGUCGACUUCCUCGCCUACCUCUACACCCCGAUCGACGGUCUCUCCCAGUGGGGCUACGUGCCGACUCCCCCAACCGAGGAGGAGAUUGCAAAGGCGCGUGAGGGGGACGCCGCUUCCAUGGGGUGGGAGGUGUGCGAUCGCUGCGUGACGCGCUUCCAGGUAUUCCCGGGCCGACGCGAGGAAGACGGGGCCUUGACUUCGGGCGGCAAGUGUCUCCACCACCCCGGGCGCGCAUACUUCCCCGAGCGCACAUUCGGUAUCUUGGAAAUGCCGAGCAAGCGGUAUCGGUGCUGCCAGCAGGUCGUGGGCGAGUCGCCCGGCUGCGCGACGGCCGACACGCACGUCUUCAAAACCACGUCGCCGGCGCGGCUGGCGGCCGUGCUCCCCUUCGUCAGGACGCCGCCGAACCCGCAGGCGCCCACCGACCGCGCCGUCUGCUUCGACUGCGAGAUGGGCUACACGGUACGCGGGUUGGAGCUGAUCCGCCUGACAGCCAUCAGUUGGCCCGACGGCAAAGAGCUGCUCGACGUGCUCGUGCAGCCGGUCGGCGAGAUUCUCGAUCUCAACUCGCGGUAUUCGGGCGUGUGGCCCGAGGACAUGCGCGACGCCGAGCCGUGGACGCCCGAGAUGGCCGGCGGCAGCAGCGAUAAAGACGAGACGACGAACGAGCCGGCCGACGAAGGGACGCCCCAGCAGCAAACACCCGGACAGCGGAAGAGAAAGAAGAUGCGCAUCGUCCCGUCGCCCGCCGUCGCGCGCGACCUGCUCUUCUCCCUCAUCUCCCCCACCACACCGCUGAUCGGGCACGGGCUCGAGAACGACCUCAACGCGGUGCGGAUCGUGCACCCAACCCUGAUCGACACCAUCCUGCUGUACCCGCACCGCCGCGGCCUGCCGAUGCGCAACGGCCUGCGCAUGCUCGCCGAGACGCGGCUCAACUGGGCCAUCCAGGCCGAGGCAACCGACGAGGACGGCCGCGCCGUCGGCCACGACAGCGCCGAGGACGCCCGGGCCGCCGGCGAGCUGGUGCGCCUGCGCGUGCAGGAGAAGUGGGCCGACAUGAAGGCCCAGGGGUGGCGGCUUGUCGAGGGGAAGUUUGUGCCGCCUGGCGGCGGCGGUGAUGGUGGUGCUCGUCCUUCUGGCGGGCCGCUGAGCGAGGAGUUUAUCGAGGAGUCAGGGGGUGAGGCGGAAACGGAGGGGGAGGUGGCUGGCGAGAGCUAGCUGUGGCGCGCCAAACUGACAGAUGGGAUGCGGAUAGACACACGGACAGGCCUGCGGUGUGAUGGGACAUGGGUCAUGGUCAUCAUCAUCAACAACAACAUCAUCAUCAUGGUGGGCGGAAGAACCAGCGGGCUUGGGGAGUCAAUG